AUGGGCAGCAUUGGAAUUCCGAUAAAGUUGCUGAAUGAGGCUCAGGGCCAUGUCUGCACCCUUGAACUCACCUCCGGACAGAUCUUCCGUGGGAAGCUCAUCGAAGCCGAGGACAAUAUGAACGUCCAACUCAAGGAUAUCACUGUUACCGCACGUGAUGGACGUGUGUCCCAUCUUGACCAGGUCUAUAUUCGUGGUUCUCACGUUAGAUUUUUUAUCGUGCCGGAUAUGUUGAGGUUUGUCUACACCCCACCAACCGACAAAGCGGAAGAAAUAGGCAAUUUGCGAACGCACCAAUGUUCCGCUCCAGAGCUGUUAGAGGACGUGGUGUUGGACUGGCAAGAGGAAGAGCUACGGUUAUUCGUGCCAGAGGACAACAGAGAGGCAGAGGUUAAAGAGGACUCGCAAAUAGUCAAAUUCAAUCGGUCGUAG